AGUAGCCCUUGGCACUGUGUGAGGGCCCGCCGGGACCUGCACGCGCGGCACCGGCAUGGCACAUACCACCACCCGCGCGCCCACACCACCCACCGCCCGAUAGUCCAAGGGUCCAGCGCUUGUCCGCGCCAGUAUGCGGCGACACUGAAGGGCUCCUUCCGCGCUGACCUGGCUGGAAGGAGCUGUGACCUGACCUGACCUGCAACCAAAGAGUUAGAAAGUGAGAUUAUGCUUAUUAGCUUCUGAAAGUGCCUUUGCUGCUGAAUAUAACAACACGUGUGACAGUGAUAUGACUGGUAGAGAACAUUAGGUAAAUCGUUUCCUCGAGAGCGCCAUGUGAGCGAGUCAUGGGGCCGAUUCGUGCCUUCGUGCGCCCCCCUCACGGAACCGCCCCGGGGGAGUCGGUCACCACAGCCAGCCUCUUCAGCCCCUCGCACCACCAAGGCUUCUCCGCGCGCCACCGCCCCUUCUCCUCCGCCCACGCCACGUCCCCUUCCCUCGGCUUGCACCACCACCAUCACCAUCACCACCUCCCGUGUGCCGCCCAUGUCAGCCCGUCCUCCCUCGGCGCCCAUGACCAGCUCUUCAACCCCCACGCUUGUACCUCUCCCGAGCCCCCGCGCGUGGGUCUAGGAUCUUCGCUUGGGUCCUCCGAGACGCCGCCGCCUCCUCCUCCUGCGCGGCCGUGCAGCCCUCACCGACACUUUAAGAAGAUCCUGCCCCCAGGAGCGGCUGCGGCGCUACAACUCCCGCAGCACCCCCGCUUUUCGCUGGUGCGUUCCGACACAGCGCCGGGAGGACCCGUCGGUACGGGGGACGUUGGGAGGAACAGCUGCGGCGACGCCUUCGAGGGUAAGCAGCAGCAGCGGAAGCAGCAGCAGGAUGACAAGGCCAAGGAGAGGAAGUGCGCCUUUAGGUUCGAGGAGAGUUACAAGGAAUGCAAAUGGAAAAUCUGUGACGAAUGGAGGAGGGAAGACAAGGAUGAGAGUGACUGGAAAAAAGACAUUGCAGGAGGCAAGUGGAAGAGAGAUUUCGAUAAACACAAGUGGAAUAAAUCGUAUAGUGAAGUUAAAUGGAAGAAGGAAAAUAGUUACAAGUGGAAAAAGGAGAGACGUGACGUUGGGUGGAAAAAGGAUAAAGAUGAAUUUAAGUGGAAGGGCGAGAGGGCUACGCUGGCCACGUGCGUCACGCCAGAAGCCAAGUCCGACAUCACGUCGCCCUCCCAGGUGGCGCUCGAAUUCCCCUUCUCAGACGAGGAAGACGAAGGCGACGACGAGAGCGGCAGCGGAGGCAGGCGCGACGACGGCAGCAGGCACGAGGCGUGGCCCAUCUCGGACAUUGUGGAGACGGAGGACGAGGAAGGGGAAGUCGUCGCAAGCGAAGCGUAUAAACAGGGAGCGUGGGAGAAAGAGGGAGAGAAGGCAGGCUCGAGAGCAGGCAAGGAGAGCGAAGGAGAAGCCGUGGCCGGGCUGAGUAAUGCUAGUCCAGAGAAUCACAAUCUAGUCAUCCGCGCUGUGGUCGUCCCAGAACACCCUCACACCAGAGUACCUGAACACACGGCCAGUGGUAGCAGAGCUUCCCAUUCAAGUGAAAAUCCGUUUUGCAAGCGCCCGGGCUUGUUGCAGGAGGAAGAUGAGUGCUCGAGGAUGCGCGAGAGCCAAGAGACCUCGGGCAUUGACAGGAGCGAUGGAGAAGAGGACCUCGACGCCGACAGGAAGGAUGAUGAGGGGGACGUCCCGCGGGACGGCGUGAGGGCGACGCAGCGCCUUCGUCCUCGCAGCUACAGGCAAUUCCUCCUGACGAGAGAGCGAAGGAGCCGCGAGUUCCUGAAAGCGCGUAGUUACCACCUCGGGAGAUGGUUCGUAACGCACUUCACCCACCCGUAUCCGUCGAAGGAACAGAAGGACCAGCUGGCGAGCCGGACCAACAUGACGAGGAACCAGGUGAGCGAGUGGUUUGGCAAUAUGAGGCGCAGGAUCCGAGAGGCGACUCGAGGCCUGGGCGUGUGUUGGGAGGAGAAGGUCCGUGUUUACAACUCGGUCAUCACAGGCAAGUCGGAGCCCUUGCCCAUCGAGUCCGGGGACGCCAUCAACACUUGGGUCCCGCCUAUCGCGCAAGAACCCUCCUCCUUGGACACGAGUGAGGAGGUGUCAGUGACGCCCAAGUUCAAGACGACGCUGCUCCACCGCUACCUCAGCAACUCCUUCGAAUCCCCGGGAAGUCACGAGGACGAAGGAAGCGUCGUCAGGCCAGCCACCGCCUCCAGCCCGCCCUUAGGAGAGGAAUCCAGGGCCGCCCACGAUCCUUAUGCCUCGCCCGUGACGCUCAAACCUUCCGUGCUGCCGCUGUGCACGUCAAGCCCCAAGGACAACAUCCAGGCUCGGUGGAACACGUCCUUUGAGCACGUUAAGGAUACCACGGUGUUGGUACCCAAGAAGGUUUCCCAGGGCAAGGCCGAGCACAGGAUGAAGUGCGGGAGGACUCCGCUGCUGAUGGAUGGCAAGAUGGAGCCCCUGAAGAGAUCCUUCAGUGACUCUUUGAAUGAGGAGGACCUCCACUCGCCGGGCGCCAAGAGACAGAGGUCGACAGAGCCAACUGUCGAAUGGCUUCACCAGGCUUCGACGUCUCAAGAGCCCGCUUCUGUCGUCUUGUAUCGCCGUCGAUCGGAGGCGUGGGCCGGCGCAGGGGCUCCGGCCAGCAGCAGCAGCAGCAGCAGCCUCCACCUUUCUGCCUGGAACGCCCACGCGAUAUGUGGCGACAGCAGGUCCUCUGAUGAUGAUGGUAGCGACGAGCAGUGCUUCCGACAGCCUGAGGAGCUGGCGGCUGCCUAUACACUCAUGCAAUUGCAACAUAUGUAACGCACGUGAGGCAGUCGUGUAGCGCGUGGCACACAUGGCCAGCUGCAGCACGUGUGGUGCAUUUGGCGAGAAAUGCGUGCAACAUAUGGGUAGCUACCAGCGUGAAGCACAAGAGCUGGACGAAGUGGCUCAUCAGCUGCAGCUUACUUCAAGAGCCUUGUUAUGCCGCCGGUUAGAAGAGCUUGUUCGUUAACCGCCUCAUUCCGCUUGUUCUGGUCACGUCGCUGUGUUCUCUCAGCUUAUUGCCCCCGCCCCUUCCCCCUAAAAUAUGAGAAGAGAAAAAAUGAAAAUGAAAAGAAAGUUCUCAUCAUCCUCGAUCUGGAGAGGACAUUUCCUGCUUGGUCUUCCGGAGAGCAGAUGUGUCCUCCUAGAUGUGAUUUCCCGUCUAAAGUGCCUUUUUUGCGAGGGAGGCGAGGGGGGGGGGUAUUUGGAAACUGUUUCUCUUCUCUUCCUCAGCUCCUCUUUGGACUCUUCUAGAUAGAAAGAAAGGAAGAAAAUAAGCCGUGUGUGAAUUGUGCCGUCCUUAUACUCCCUCUUUGUGAUACUUUAAAUCCCACGAAGAUUUCUUUUCUAAUGCUCAUAUUAUAUAAUGCAUCUUUGGUGUACUUGAAUGUGGAUAUUAAAAAAAAUGGACUGUUUGAAUGUACAUUCGAGUUCCAUAUACAAACUUUCUUCUAGGAGUUGUUUGUCUAAUAUGUAACUCUGUCUGGUGAGUGAAAGAAUUUAGAUGAUAAAAAUGCCGGGAGAAGAGGUAAUUUUCCCCACAGUACAACUCCUGUGUACAAAUAUGAGAUGCCUGAACAAUAGACGCUAUUUUUGCGAAAAACUUCGGGACAUAACAGUGCCUAGUUCUUACGUGAUGUGAAAAUAUUUAGUAUCUUCGAAGUGAUUUCUUUUUUUCCUCAUCACCUAGUCGGACGUGAACGUAGCUCGUACAUCCAGUGCACUUGUAGAAGAACUUUUGCGAAGUGUGCCCCUCACAUCUCUUCGUGCAAGUAGUGAUUUAAGAGAAUGAAUUAAACAAGCACCAAACCAGCCGUGACACACCAAGGAAACUGAAUGGAAGAACAUCUGAUGGUUUCUCAUUAUCAUUAAUUUUGCCCAGCUCAUAAGCGGGACCAACAGUGAGUAAAAUCGUAACCACACUCCACAUCUCGACUAGGGAAGUAGCUGGGCUAUCUCCAGUCUUUUUUUUUUUUUUUUUUUUUUUCCGAUAUUACAGUCACUUCAAAGCAGGUCUUUGAACGGUUAUAACCAUCACUAGCAAUAUAGCGUGAUCACGAAGGUAUUUCUGGUUUACGUUUUAGUAAGCUGGUGCGCACAUACGCAGGGGCAAUCGUUUGUGAUUUACAAUAUUUAUUGCGUCUAGUCUUUCAAUAACUGCGUUUCCAUGGAGACCUUUUAUUGGAUUUUCUGACUGACAGUGUAUUGAUGCUUUUACAAUACAACUGAGAAAAUGUAUUCACUUCCAUGGAAACUGAAAUGACAUGUUGGAGCAUAUUAUGCUCCUUCGGCAGUGGCUGCUUGUAUUAUUUUUUGCAGUGCCUUCAAGAUGCCACGAAGUGUACAGGAAUUUGUGUGUAGACUCCCGAUUGUGACGCCUAGUCAGAUGGUAAAAUGGUCACCCUCCCCAGGGAUGUGAUCAAGCAACGUCUUUUCGAAAAGAACGCUUGCUGACUGUUACAGAAUCAAGCUAGUCAAAACAGUUCUCUGUCGAAACAGAUUGUAAAUAUUUACUUUUUUCUCUGCCUUAGUUCUGUAUACCCUUAUGGUUCUGCACAUCUUUUCCUAUAUGAAGCAAACCCUGAAAUAUAUACUAGUCAACAAGAAAAAACAAACAAACAAACCGGAACAGUCACUCAACAAGAUCUAGUCAAAAGGGGACAGGUAGCCAUUUCUGAAUACUGCGCCGCGACCUCCAACCUGCCUCCCGAGCCAACUGAGAGAGAUCCAUUCGCAGGAAAGCAGGAUUAUGUCGUCUUGCAUGGUCCUCCUUCCAAGUCCAUCCUUCAAGGGUUAUCCUUCUAGGAUCCUCCUCUUAAAGACAUUCUUCUAGGGUCAUCCUUCGAAAGGAAGAAUUUCGAGAGAAAGAAGAGGAACUUUUGACUUUUAGACACUGUCGUCUCUGUUCAGUGGGAGUUCCUCACUUCUCUCCCCUGAUAACCAUUGUCAUUUCUUUUUGAAAUGACAUCAACGUAUAGUUCAUCUUAAAAUGGUUUUGUCAGUUUUAGGAUGAUUUAACGAUGAUACUAUUAUAAUUGAUGAAAGCAUUACUGAUGAGGCUCUCUCAUGAGCUGUCAACAUGCUUGUCUCCAAGAGAUUGAAACUAACAACACCAACGAUUAUUCCUCAUUAUGUCUGCGUGUUGAUAUAACAACUAAUUACUGUAACUACGCAUAACUCUGACCUGAAACCAACUCACGCAGCCGACAGUCACAUCUUGUUACAUUUAAAGGGCGUCAACCCUCUCUCAUCAUUGUUCUCUUCUUUCUUUUAAAGGCAACCAGUACUAUAAAGACAGAAUGAAGUGAUUAGACUAUAUAUCUGUUAGUAACAAUUCAAACUAAAAUAAAACAUUAGGCAAAUAAUCUGUAAAGCUCUCAAUAAAAAGGCAAACUAAAUCAAAAUAUUUAGCAAAAUCGUCAGUGAAAUAUUUUCAGUCAGAGAUUUCCCUUCAUCCUCAUUAGUGAUUUACCCAUUCGUCCAUGUAUAUGAAGUUAUAUCCAUAUAUCGAUAUGAGAAAUAGGACACUUAUGUUAUCUCAAUGAAACGUUUCUCCUUCAAGAGGCAACUUAAUCUAUAUAAAUAAAGGAGAAAGUAAAAUUCCCUUUCAGUGGUUCAAUUCAUGAAGAAGUUACUGACAUCAUAUCUAUUAUGAUUCCAAACUGUGGCCUCAGAGAAACUGAAACUUUACUAUUGAUAUAUAGUUUACCUCAGCCUUUCCCUCUUCAUUUGCCGAAAUGGUUACUGGUCUUUGAACAUAUCUAAGAGAUAUUUACUGAUAGAUAACAUUUAUGAUGAUGUGCUUCAAACACUUUUCUUGCACCUUUUAUCACACCUAUCAUUACUGCCUUAACUAAUGCUAUUGUAUGGUAACUGUUACUGCUAUUCCCACUGCUACUGCUGCUAUUACUACCACUUCUAAUACUGUUGUUACUACUUUUACUUUAUCAGUGAUAGUACCUUUACCACUUCUGCUAUUACUAAUCAUACUACUACUGCUACUGUUAACACUACUACUGCUACUAAUACUGCUACUAUUUUUAUCAUCGUUACUACUACUCCUACCACAGCUGCUGCCAUUACUUCUCCUCCUCAUAUACUACUAUUACUAUUACUACUGCUGCUACUACUGCUACCAAUACUGCUACUAAUACUACCUCUACUAGUAUUACUACUACUACAAUGACUGCUUAUACUAUCUUUUUUUUUCCUAAAAUGUUUAAUGCAUAUCUUACUUCAGCCACAUCUGUUUAUUUUACUUAGCACUGUUACUUCUUGGGUAGCAUUAGACAUUACCUUUUUUCUACCUUUAUCACUUCUCUUCUGCUAAUUUUUUAUCGAUACUUUAUAAAUUAUGUUAUUACAUUUAUUCAGACUUUCAUUAUUUUUAUGAAUGUAUUAUUUCAAUUAUUGUUAUGUAAUUGGGAACGUAUGUUUUUUGUCAAUGGAUAUUAUCAUUAUCAUUAUUCACUUAAUUUUACUGGAGAACAUUGACAAUGCAUAUAAUCGCGCUACUUAUAUUUUUUUUAGUCAGUUCACCAAUAAUGUUUAUCAAUAUUCACUAUACAUUUUAGACUUCAACUGUUAUUUUUCCAUGUGUUUCUAAUUUCCUAUGGACUGUCAAGCCUAUCGAUUAUAUUCUUUCUAACUCUAUUUUCACUAUAAAACUUUCCAUUUGUCCCAUUACAUUUUUUUUUUUCAUCUGUAUCGUUAAACUACCACUCACAACACUAAUCAUUUAACAGUGCAUGCAAACUUUCAACAUACUAUCAUUACUAUUAAUAACAUUAAUAAUUUAACAGCUAAUAUCUUUCCUUGUAAUGCGACUGCCACUAGCAAAGUCUAUGAAUUCGCAGAAUUUUUUUCCUACAUACUCUCAGUGCUACUAACAACACUAAUCAACACAGUUUACAUUCUAUAACCUUUCGCCACAUCUUGACACUAUCAGAUCAUUUAGUGGUUCACAGAAUCUCCUUCAUAUUGUCAUUACUACUAACAACACUAAUAUUUUAACAGUUCACAAGAUCAUCAUAUGUACUAUCACAAAUAAACGAAUUACUAAUAAAAGAUUAACAACUAAAACAAAUGUAGAAAUCGAAUACUUUACACAGCAGCUAGCAAUUAUAUUAAAUUGAAGCAAGUUCGUCUCAUCGUCGGCUUAAAAUGUAACAAGUUUCAUAAUUUCUAAUGCUUUUUUAACAAUGCAAAUACCUUUCAGAGUACAGCUUGGUUAGAGUCAGUGGUUUUGAGCAAAUGGAAAAACCAUUGUAUAUAUAUAUAUAUAUAUAUAUAUAUAUAUAUAUAUAUAUAUAUAUAUAUAUAUAUAUAAUCUUUGUAUUCUAUCUCAGGAGCCAGCUCAAACUCUGGUAUAACUCAGUUACUAUUCAGCAAUCUCAACCAGGUGAUUGCUGACACAUCAAUAAAGGGACGGAAAACUCACAAGGACACAGACUCUCAUCUCAUACUAAAAAAAGAAAACACAAAGCCGGAAAAGAAGAUACUAAGUUAACCCUGAAAGCUGUUAGUGAUCUUGAGACUGCACCAAGGCACGAGGCAACACUAUACUAUGGCAUUGUCCUUUGGCUGUGAACACCCCGCGCGCUGUGAUAAUGACCUGAAGCCCAUUUUUCCAGUACAAACCCCCGGUGCUUUUCGCAGUCUUUCGUAAUUUGUACUAUAUUCAUAUAUAUUUAUUCUAAAAAUGUGUUCUUUUUUUCUUUUUUUUUUUUUUUAAUCAUUCGUAAAUAAGGUAGGUUCGCUGAAUUCUCAUAGGCCACCUGACUGCCGAGAAGAAGAGAGAGAGAGGAAAAGAGUGUUAACAUCUUAGUUUGUUUGUUGUCAUAUAUAUUAUUCCUUUCUUUUCUUUUUCUUUAAUAUCAUCUGACUUUUCAGAAAAGGAAAACAAUCAAAGUUCUCUAGUCUCUGCGAUCACUCACUUUGGUGGCUUCUAAGAAUUCUCCUCGGAUAUUUUCAAUUCGUGUUGGCGUGUGAUAGAUAGUACAGUAAGGCAUCGACCUCCCUGGCACCACGUGGCACUGUGUCUAUAGUGAUGCCAAACAGUGGACCCAGGAAGGUCGUUCCUGAUGGAGUGAUGGUUGCUGGUAAUGUUUAGGGCAUUAAUGUUUAUAUGUGUAUAUAUAUAUAUAUAUACACUUACAUCACCAGUAACCCAUUACAGGGCUAGUAGAUUGCGCUGUUCGGCUGUAUGCAUGGCCAAACCGCAUUACACUGAGGACACUACCACAGACCCUACGUUGCUGGUGUGCUUCAGUGUAGCCGUGUUGUUUGUGAGAGAAAGCCAGCUCAUGCCUUCUCUCAGUCAUGCUGUACGUUCUGACGGCUGUAAAGAAUGUACGUUUUUUUUAUUGUGCGUGAAUACGUACAAAUUGCGUGUUACUUUUAUGCCAAUAAAAUAUAAUUUUUAUGCA